UCAGCGCGAUUCUGUCGGCACCGAAAUAACAACACAUAAUUAUCGCGAUCGGGUUUCGCUACCAUUUAAUCGUUCUAACGCACAAAUUAGCUGUUCAAUAGUGCCCGGUAGUGAGUUGUAGCUAGAGAUUCUACUCCCUAUCGAUCAACGAGGUAUACCGGUGUAUUAGCGCAUCAAGAGUAUUGUAUCAGCUGUAAUUCUGGACCCGACAUAAUUUCCAAUGGCUAUCAAAUCGGGAAUGGGGAGGAAGUCUUCCAAUAAAAACCCCCCAUUUUUCAGCCAUGAAUUUGUAAUUCAAAACCAUGCAGACAUUGUGUCGUGCAUCGCGAUGAUCUUUGUUGUAGGAAUCAUGCUCCAGCCUACACAAUCCCUAGCUAGUACCUUCGUUGCCUUACGACACAAUGUUUCCGGUGCCGAUCCCAGUCAAGAAAAUCCAAUGGGGGUUCAAUAUUUGUACACAGCUGGCUGGAAAGAUGUAUGUGCCGUAUUUUUCUACACUCUUAUCUGCAUCAUCAUGCAUGCUAUUUUGCAGGAAUACAUACUGGACAAAAUAUCCAAGAAACUUCAUUUGUCAAAGUUUAAACUGUCCCGCUUUAAUGAAUCUGGCCAAUUAGUAGUCUUCUAUGCUAUGUCCUUUUUGUGGGGUUUGGAUUUGAUCGUUCGUGAGCAGUAUAUUGGAAAUUUACAAAAAUUGUGGGAAGAUUACCCUGAGCAUCCCAUGAUUUUCUUGCACAAAUUGUUCUUUAUUAUUCAACUAGCCUAUUAUGCGCACAUGCUGCCUGAACUAUACUUUCAAAAGGUUAAGAAAGAUGAACAGAAACCCAAAAUCCAGCAUGCAGUUGCUGGUUUGUUUAUUAUCGGAGUUGCUUACUUCUUGGGAUUCCAACGCAUUGCUCUUGUGCUCCUGACUAUACACUAUUUUUGCGAAUGUGUUUCGCAUGCCUUUCAGUUGGUCGAUAUUGUCGAUAAGGAAGAGAAGUUUACAAAGUUGCAUCUUGUUCACAGUGCAUUAUUUAUAUUGACACGUUUUGCAACCAUGGUGCUUUCUUGUCUGACAUUGUUCUACAGUAUCGAUAAUAUUUCUCAAUCCAAGCGCGUUUUGAUGCUGUCAAUGGUAUUUGGGUUACAAGGAUAUCAGUUUUUCGAUUUUAUUUCGAAUGUGCUUCGAUCCAAACGAGAAAAUUCCACAGAAGAACGUACAAAAGUAACGAUCAGCGCUAACAAGACUGAAAAAUCAAAAAAACAAAAGAAAAAAGAAAGUGAUCUUCCGGAAGCCGAUCAAAAUUCCGCACAAUCCUCACCAACUAGUAGUGGCAAUGCUCGUAAGAUGAAAACCAAGUAAACAUUUUGUUAUAUUCGCUUCAUCUAUAUUUUUCAUCCACUUUUUUUUUGAAAAUUGCACGAUUUCCUUAAAAAGCACAGUUAAAGCAAAAAAAUAGAAAGAAAAUCAAUCACGCAUAUAGUAACGAGACAACAGUUAUUUCGAGAUUUAUGACGAUAUUUGUUUUUUUUCUACAUUUUUACUCGCCUUAGCUCAUUUGUCAAGACUUGAUUUAUUUUUGUUUCCGUGCGCAAACGACAGAGAUUGCAUUUAGCUCCUAAAUGGAAUGUCCAUUGAUUGAACGCUCAUUACUGCGUAUUGUAAUAUGUUCCUGAUAUGUGUUAUGUUGGGUAAAUUCUUUUAUACUUAAAUGUCAAUCAAGUAUUUUUCUGAGAAUAAUUUGUUCCAUUAUACAAAAACUACCAGUUACUAAAAAAUAA